UACUUAUUAUAAACAGGUGACCAGUGUAUACGUUUCGACAUUAUCCAUGAUUAUCAUAGCGUUGGACAGAUAUCAAGUGGUGGUCAACCCUCUAACGGCCCGAUUAAGCACUCGAUUGCCGAAACACAUUAUGGUUAUAAUCAUAUGGGUUUUGGCGGGUGUGCUAUCUAUACCGCACGCUGUGUUCAACCGAUCGGUACCCCUGUAUACCUAUCGGACAAUAUACCGGUGCCGUACGGUAUACCCCGAACCCCAGCUAUUCUACCGACAGUUAUUAACGAUUGUUACGUUUGUGACCCAAUACAUGGCACCGCUUGUUAUAACGAUAGUCACCUACGUGGUCAUCUCACUGAAAAUAUUUCGCAAAGUAACAAUUGGUGAAGUGACGAUUCAGCAGCACAACACACGUAUGGACAACAAACGUACGACAAUCAAAAUGUUAAUAUUAGUGGUUGUUGUGUUUGGCGUGUGUUGGCUACCCAUUAAUGUCUACCAUAUAGUCAAUGACUUUUCCAGCCAAACAUCGGCACCGGUAGGCAUCAACACAUACCUGACCUGUCAUUGGCUGGCAUUCUCAUCAAUGUGUUGGAACCCGUUCAUUUAUUUUGGCCUUAAUCCACAUUACAGGCGUGAAAUGCGCCGAUUGUUUACGUAUAAGUCAUGGAGUAGUGGACGGAGUAGAAAUAAUCACCAUGAUAGUAAUAAUAAUCGUGGUAUUAAUGAUGGCCAUAACAAUUCCCAACAACAAUAUACCCGUUCGUCAACUAUAAUGUUGUCCCGACUUAACAGCAAAACAUCGUCGGAACGCAAGUUUGCAAUUAGUCUUACGUUUACGCAUAAUAUCUUUCGCAAUGUUAAGAGUUUGGGCACCUGUUAUGGUAAUCCUGAUAAUGAUAGUAAAAAUAAC